AUGACCACGCCGUGCGCGCGCACACCGCUCCGCCAUGGCUGCGCCAUGGUCUUCGCCAUGGCCACGCCUCGCAAGCACCGGCCGAAAGGCCAUGCCUUUGGGCAUGCUCCGCCCGUUCCGAGCCCUUGCUCGCGGCCUACCACCGCGCUGUGGACAUUUCCCGUCUCCGCCUCGCCGCCGUCGAGGCCAAAGGCCACGCUUUUGGCCAUGCGACACCUUGAUCGAACCACCGCUGGAGCCACCAAGGAUGAGGAGGGGCCAGAUCUUCGCCCAGAAGACCGGACGCGCCCGCCGGACCUCGUCAUCGCCACGCCACCAGGAAGCCAUCGUCGCCCAGAGAGGAGGAGCCGUCCUGACGAGAAGGAGCUGACCGACGUCCCGGACGAUCAGAAGAUCCAGAAGGACUACCCCGACACCCGAAGGACCCAGAAGUACGUACCGGACGACCAGAAGACGUCAGAGACCAAGGAAGACCACGAAGACCUAUCAACUGCUGAUUCAGGAACUAUCACGACGAUACAGAGAGUCGGGUUCCCCUUUCGGCCGCCACUGCCACCGCCCAAUCUGCCCACCGCGCCACCGCCAGCCCGGCACCGCCCGCUGCCCCACCACCCGCCCGGCACCGCCCGCCGCGAACCUGCCACCGCGCCGCCGCCGCCACCACCGGCCGCGUGGCUCAAGCCAUCAUCCGCUCCUAACCCCCGGCACCACCGCCCGGCCGUGCCAGCGUACCCGAUCCCCGGCGCCCACGCCGCCGCGGACCGUCCCGGCGGCGCCGGAGCCUUCCUCCUCGGGGAGCGUCGAGAUCCGUCCGUCGGAGUCUCGGAGAUGACCCCUGCCGAGGCGCUGCACCUCCGGUCGUGCCUCGCCGGCGAGCUAGGCCGCGUCUGCGCGCUCCUCUGCCCCCAAGACGGCGAGUUCCCUUCUUCUCUACGCCUUCUCCUCCAGCAGGGCGCCACACCGCCGCCGCCAGUGCCUCAGCCCUCAUCUUCUCUAGCCCGGCGGCACUGCAAUCAAGCCAUCAGGAGCAAUUCGGGUAAACCCGAACCCGAAAUGUCGGGUUUUGAUUUUUGA